AUGGGCGUGAUCAAGGCUCUGAAUGUGCUUGGAACCCUGACUGCGGCGGUGGCACGGAGCCGAAGCUUGCGAACCACGCAAUUGCAUUGGCCGUCGCCGCCCAGAAAGGUGCGUGAGGUGCGUGACGCGCCCAAGAAAUGCAACGCGCUCGCAAUAGCUCAGCUGGGAUCCGCGUUGUUGCAGCAGACUGGCCUGUGCAGCUAUGAGUUUGUGGAAGCGAUCAUGUUGCACAUUCGGAAGAUCCUGCUUCAUCCAGAAAAGGUUCUGGUGAAGGAGGAGGACAACGUCCCACGCUCCAUGUACUUUGUGCUUUUUGGCAACUUAGACCUUUUCCGUCUUGGCAAAUUUAUAGGCACCAUCUCCAGUGGCCAAGUCAUUGGUGAAGGUGUUUUGCUGGGCAUCCUUGACAGACUGACUGGAGUCCGGGUCUCCGGAGAGUCUCCGAAUCAGCGCCAGUUGGAGCUGCACGGCGGUGGCGAGGAACUCCUGCAUGUUGGCGGAGAUCACCUCCAGUCGGAGUACUUUGAUGCUCUUUCAGCUUCUGAGCUGCAGGGCGGUCUGCAGGUUUGCUUCCAGAACAUUGGUGCCAGCUGCCAGCUAGGUCGGUGCCGAGACCCCGCCACUGUCGGCAAUCCAGCCACCUCGGUCCUUUCGCAGACCGGUGACGCCGAGCUGGAGCCCCAGGAGCUCCGCCGGUCCCUACGGCGCAUGCCGUGCCUCCGACAAGCCAGCGAGGAGUUUCUGGAGGCCCUCGAGCAAGGUCUGGUGCAUCAGCUCUAUUUUGCAGAGCAGUGCAUCGUGAACGAAGGCCAAGAUAGCAACUUCGCUGCCUUCCUCGGUGACGGCGAGGUCACCAUUGAGGCCCAAGGGACCGAACUCACUGCUCAAGCACUGCUUAAGCACGGCCGUGCUGAAGCACUGCUUUCUUGGUAUUUCUCUGAGAAUUGGAAGCAGGCUGCAGGGCGGCAGGUGAGGCGCGAGGAGGUGCCCUUCGUCGAGAUGUGCUUCACCAUGGCCGGUGAGGCGGACCAGGGCAACCUACGCUUUGCCACCGUGGACAGUGAGGACAGCCCGCGUGCCAGCAUGGUGGCACGGCGCAUGAGCCGAGUGAAGCGCAAAUCCACCGGGGAGAUCUUGGCCUUGCGGUCCGGACAGGGCAUCCCCGGUGGGGUCCGCCAUCGAACUGCGCUAAACCGUUUGUGCCUCGACAGAGGGAAGCGGCUCUUCGACCAGCCCGACGCUCCAGGAGAGGGGGUGGAUGUGGAGUCCUUGAUCAGCAUGACCAACAAGGUCCGAGCUGAGGCAAUGAUCGCCGAGGCCGUGGCAGAUGGUCUGACGCCCGGCUAUGACAUCAACACCCUCCCGGAAACGGGGAUCUUUGGCGAGGAGAUCGCGCAACGCGGGCCGCGCGCCGCGCGCGGCGGUUCCUGUUACGCCUUGUCGCCACGCGAGGAGUGCUUGCUGGGCCUGGGCAUGGCCAGCACCACGGUUCGUGCCUCCAAGCUGUCCAUCGUCGCCUUGCUAUAUCGCCCGGUCUUUGAGAAAUUGCUCCAGGAAUUCCCGCUCGAGAGGAAGUCCCUGAAACGCUUUCAGCUGGGCCCCUUCCCGAAGCCGAACUUCCGGGACCGCGGGAACUGCCGUUGCUCGCGGAGGGUUGGUGUCAAUGAAGAGAGCUCAAGUGGGGACUUGCCGAUCUGUCAACACGUCGACCUCAGCCAUGAGCUCUUGGACUUCUUCGGGCAGCACGUGGAGCGGCGGAUCUUCUUCCCCGGGGACCGACGCCGCGUCUGCGGUGGGCGGUCCGAUGGGUCCGAUGGGCGAGAUUACAUUGAACCAGAGAGCUUGCAGCUCUUCCUUCCGAAGCACCUGUUGAACCCGGUGGUGAACAUCACAUAUGCCAUCGCUACUUGGAGCGAAGCGGAAGUCGCUUUUGUGCAAAGCCCCGCUGCGAGCUCUAAGGUUCAGGUGGGCCACGUGCGCGUGAUGACGCCUCCGGGCUUGGAAUUGGCGCCCUUUGGACAUCUCUCCAGUGGCGACAUUUUGGGCCCAGGGAGCAUCUUGCCCGGAAGCUGGUUCUGGUCCUCGGUGAAGGUUCAGGCCCUGCAGGUCUUGCCGCUCUUGGUGCGAGAGAGCUCGAACCCCAACGCUGCGCAACAGGUUCCACGCAGCUCGGAGAGGGUCCGGGCCACCGGUGCUGUGGAGAACACCGGCGUCGUGGCCAAGGUGUUGCGUGAGCGGUCCAUUUUCGCCCACGCCUCGCAGGAGUUCCUCGCCGAGAUCUUGAACUAUGGCUCCGUUCGGGUCUUCAUGCCGGGAGACCGCAUCAUCCAGCAGGGCGCGGAGGGGAACUCCAUGUUCAUCCUCUCCUUGGGCCUGGCGCAGGUGGUCAAAGAAAACCUGGACUAUGCAGGGAACAGUGUUGUCAGGAGCGGAUCGGGCGCUGGAAACCUCUACUUCAUCGGUGGCUUGACCUAUGGCAGCGUCUUUGGCGAACUGGUGAUGCUGGGCGUCCAGGCAGCCGCGGGCGGUCAUAUCGGCCAGCUACAGCUUGCUAAUGUGGUGCAGUCGCAAGCUGCGCAGUGGGCGCCCGUCGACCUUGGGAAACAGUGGGAGGAGGUGGUCUUGGCCAGAACCGAGGGACAGGUCUUCCGGGAACGACUGGGCUUCGUGGUGCUUUGUAUCAUCGGAGCCUACUGUUCUAUGAGGAUCUUGGUAGAGCUCCGAUCCAUUUUGGAGCCCUUCCUGUGGGCGCUCUUUUUGGUCAUGGCCUGGAAGCCCGUGGUGGAUGGCAUUGAGAGUCGUUUGGAGGUUCUGUUAGCUUUCAUCUUCCCCAGCCUCCGAACGGACUCGCCGCGGGAGAGGGGCAGAAAGGGCCACGAGUCUGAGGAUGAGAUGGAGGACUUGGAAGGUGAGCUUGAGUCCAUGCUUCCACCCCAGAGUGACAGCUCUCCAAUGAUUCCAGAGGUGUUCCCACAAAAGCUUCGCCGCAGCUACGAUGUGGACGAAGAAACGUGGAGUGGAGGUUCGCGGCUCCGCCGGACCUUGGCGCGUGGCCUCGCCGUGCUGUCGGCGGUGCCCAGUGGGUGGUGUUCCAAUGGCGUUGGUGAAGCGUCAGCCUGUACGUACCAGCGGAUGUGGACCACGGAGGGCUUCUUGGCUGCCGAUGUAGACAUGCCAAGCACCAUCAUUUCUGCCAUCACUGAGCUUCCCAGCUGCGACUUCUUCCCGCGGCGGGACUAUGCGGUGGCAUCCUUCUCCUCCGGCGACGGCUUCGUCGUUCUGGGCGGCAGCGCUGGACAUGUGCAGCUGAACGACCUUUGGAGCGCCAAAUUGCUGGGCCGAGGCGCUGCUGCCACCUGGCAUUGGACAGAAGUGUCUCCGCAUCUGGAUGGCCGGCGUGAUCCGAUGGAUGGUCAACUCUUGCUCUCCAAGUGGCCAGGACGCUCGCGCUUGGCCACUGCUGUGGCCUUAGCACCCAAAAGUAGCAAUGCACGUGCCAUCUACGUCACAGGCGGCCAGGGUGCCUAUUGCUUUGAAGACUUUUGGGCUUCAGAAGACGGUGGACAGACUUGGUAUUGCAUGUGCCGCAAGGUUCCUUGGGGCGGACGACUGGACCCAGGCUUGUGCGUGGUUCCCACCAAAUAUGAGCAGCUGGUGCUGCUUGGAGGCAUUGUGCCCGGCAUCCACCUCCGUGUGGAAUGCGACGUGUGGAUCUCCAGCGAUGCUGGAAGCACGUGGCAACCGCUCCGAGCGCCAGAUUGGGAGCCCCGGUGCUGUCCAUUGCUCUUUUUCAUGCCGCCCCAAGACGGGCAGAGGCAAUUGCUGGUCUUGGGCGGCGCACGCCUCGCGGAGGCCUCGGCGGGAGACCGCGCCCAUGCGAUCGGGCCGCGGUGCUUGGAUGAUGCCUGGAGCCUCCAGGUGGAUUUCGACGAAGGCACUGGAACCUUUGAGCCGCUCCACAGCGACGUCGACCGGGAGGUCGAGGUCUCCAGCGACUCGACGCAUUCCGCGGUGAAGUGA